CAAAAAACUAUUUUUUUUCAAUCGAACACAUCGAAACGAAGCAGCGACGAAAUUGUUUUUCUUUCAGAAUUGCACAAUAAUCCAAGAAGUGCAAGAAGUGGGAUGCCGUAGAACUUCGUGUAUAUCUUUUAUCAGGCAGUGCAGUCCAUUCACAAUGGCCUGGCUUCGCACAUCCGCUUGUUUCCUGGCGGUAUCCCUGCUGGUGGCCCCCAUACUUGCCGCAGUCUGUCCAGAAAGUUGCGUCUGCAAUACAACUCGCGACGGCCUUCAUCGUGUUACAUGCAGCAGUCUUCCUGAACUUUAUAAAUUCACUCUCCGUCAGAAGCAUCAUAAUAUAAAUAUUCUUGAUCUCUCUCAUAAUAACAUAACGAAGUUAAACCAUGAACUAGAUCGAUUAACAGAAGUUGUUACAUUAGACUUAUCUACAAAUGGUAUCACAGAUCUGAACAAAUUUUUACACAAUGCAAAGAAAUUAGUACAUCUUAAUCUUGCCAAUAACAGGAUAAGAAAGCUGUCUUUGACACACUUGCCUACAAGUGUGAGUUCAUUGGAUUUAACAAACAAUCUGCUACAAGAUGUACCUUCAGACUUAGGACAUUUAAUCGGUUUGGAACAUUUAGAACUUGAGGGCAAUCCUUUGGAAUGUUCAUGCGAAAACAUUAUAGCUCGUGAUCGCCUGCUGGCUGCAAAUGUUUUUAUAGAUAAUGUUAAAUGUGAUGGUCCAAAAAAACUACAUAACCGCUCUUGGCUUGAGUUGAAAACAAAGGACAUUUGUAAAUCUGCUAAAAUCGAAAACGAAUAUUUGGACAUGAUGAUGGGCGAUCAACCAAUUGAUGCUAUUAAAGUCGGCGAAGAAACGACUGCAUUGAAAUCAAUGCCCUUGGUGGCAAUAAAUGACUUGGAAGAUGGAAAAAUUAUUCAUGGAUCUGUACCAAAAGAGGACGACGAUAGCGAACAGUUUUUGAAAGUGGGUCACUAUGUUACUUCAUCGCCUUCUAAUGAUAUUGAGGGAUCUGGAGAAGCUGAAAGCACAACAAUGAGCGAUAUAAUUGAACCUGUUCAGAACCAAAAAAGUUAUGCAAAUUUAUUAGCUGCAGAAGAAAUAAUUCCUGCUGACAAUUUGCACACAACUGAUGAUCCAAUAGAAGGAUCUGGGGAAGGAUCAGGUUUUUACAUCCCAGAAAGCGAGGGUCCGACGGAAAAGCUUCAAGAAACAACAACGGCAAUUUACGAAGAAUUGAAUCCGGGUCCAGUUCGCAAAAUAUUUGAGGAAGACUCUAGCACAGCAACUUCCGAAUUUCCUAUACCUCCACCUCCGUCAAUCUAUGAAGGAGGUGCGGAUUGGCAUAGUAGAACGAAUUCAGAGACAGUUACCGAAACUGUUUUAGCUGCAACACCACAAAUUAUACGUGAUACGACUGUUUCUGAACAAAUUCGAGUAACGCAAGCCGCAGGGGUCUUAGGACAGGUGCCAUCAAAUAACGAAAAUGUCGCGCCGCACAAAACGGGCACUUAUGUUUGCAUCGCUUUAAUUGUUAUCCUCCUUGUUAGUUUAAUAGGAUUUGCUAUUGUGAAGGGUCAAAUGAGGAAACGUAGAGACAGACGGCUAUUGAGACAACAAAAGAGAGAUGUAGAGAAAGCAUCUAAAGAAAUGGUAGAUAUGAAUAAAUCUUUAUUAGGUAAACCAGCACCUGUUGAUACCCCAAUGGAAAAAAGAAUAAAUGGAAAAUAUGAGCUAGUGCCCACUCAUGAAAAUUAUCCAAAGAAAGGUGAUAAUGGUGAAAUUGGAAACGGCUUUAAGCCCAAAGACAGUAAUGGCAUAGAUAGUCCUAGAGACUCAAAUCAGAAUAAACGUAGCUCGAUUGAUAACAAUCUAACAGAAGACAGCCAGCUAUCGCAACAAGAAACCUCAUUCGACUCUGAACCAGCAUCGCCUAGCUCCAAGAAGGAUACUCACUCAUUAUCCAGCGAGGAUAUAUUCGUUCCUAUAAACGAUGACGAAAAUCCCAGAUUAAAUGGCAACGCUGAUUCCGAUAUAUCUCAACCGCUUAUUAAUGGUGACCCAAUUAACGAUGCUGAUUACCUGUCGCCGUCACGAGAGUAUGUGCCUGUUUAUUCCCCCGACAUGGGAAGGGUUCGAAUCAAAAUGACUGAGACGCCGAAGCCGAAAACGCCGGUACUAGUCACCAGAAGUAGAUCAAACGCCGGAGACAUCAUUAUAACACCAACAGUAGAUGAAAACACACGUAAAUCGACCACUUGAAAUAUAGUUUCUGUGAAGAAAGGACAAUAAUGCUUUGUGUAUUGUGUCAAUCAACAAACAUAUCACUAUUGGCAAAGUUCUGUGAUUUGGUAUGUGCGUAAAAGUGGGAACUCAUGUGCAUGAGGGUAGGAAAUAAAUCGAUUUGACAAAUUUUUCUAGAAACGUUGCUGCCAAAGUGUGUUUGUAGUCGACAGUGCCUUUUUAAUUCGCUAGUGGUAAAAUAUAUUUAUAAAAUUAUAUUUCGAGUAAGAAAAACA